AUGGCCGGCUCUCGUGCGAGCAACAACACAAAGCUGAUGAAGCGCCAUCAGCAGCAGCAGUCCAACGCACGCGCCAGGUCGUCGGCGAACAGGUUUACGCUUAGGCAGAGCCAGUUUGAGCGGCAGCGCGAGGAGGAGCAAGUGCGAACGCAGCAGCAGCUGGACGCAGGGUGGAGCACAAGUCGUACUGUUGGAGAUGGCCUCCUGUCGCGAGGCAACCGCGGCCGGAGCGCCGGUGGCUACGCUGCACCUGUGGAGGAGGUGAGCGACAUUCCCAACCCCUUCGCGCGUGGUCGAAGUCCCCCUGCAAGUGGGAGUUUCCCUACCACCACCCGCAGUGCAGUCAUGGGGCUUGAAAAGAUGCAGGUGCGCUCCACGCGCACCACCCGUCGCAUCGACCGCUUCAACUUGACCACUAGCGCCGACUCAGAAGCGGCGCCAUCUCCAUCCUCGCUGAUGGGCGUGCGGCGGGCGCGGAAGGACGAGGGGAGUGGUGUGGCAAGUUUCGCUGCUGAUGAUGACAACUCUGCGGCCCCGCCAGCCAAGGUGACGCGAGCGGAGCGCUUUCGGGAGAUGAUCUCGAACAGCAAAGGCCAGCGUGCGCAACUACAGCGCGAGCGUGCGGAGCGGGACACGGCCACUGCUCAGCUCGACGCUGCGCUCAGUGGCGUUCUCCACCUCCUGCCGAGGCGCAACAAACGCGAGGAGGAGCGCGAGGCGUUCGCUCAGUCCGGCACGCCAGAGGUUCGUGCCCUGCUCGACUCGUACCGGCGCGACCACCAGGCGAAGUGUCUCACACUCAAGUCCUCCGGUGCCUUCGAGGUCCGGACGCUGGCGGAAGUUGCCCGAAGCACCGCGUCUCGAUCGGCCGCUGAUCCGACGGCCCGAGAGAGCGCCACGGCGCGAGAUGCGUCGGAAUCGUUUCUCGAUGCGUCGGAUCGCGCAUUGCUGGCGCGUAUCCGCACCGGUGCCGUGCGCUCGUCGGAGGAGGACAAGGACGAAGCGGUGGCGGCGGCCGCUGGUGCCGCUGAGGCGCGCGCUGGCGGCGGUGGUCGUCUGGCGAGCUGCGAUGACUUCGACUUGAUGAUGCACUCCUUUCAGAUGGACCCGCGCCGUGCACACGCUGUCGAUCGCACGCUGACGGAGGAGGAGGAGGCCGCCAAGUUAACUCAGCAAGCGCUGCUGAUGGAGGAUCGGCAGCAGGUACCUUCACUGCACCUACAGGAGCUUGAUCAGACGCAGCUGACACGAGGGGAGUGGGUGGCACAGGGCGGCGCUGUUGCCUUUCACAUGGACGGCAACGCAGAGGACGACAACGCAGAGGACGACAACGUGGAUCUCCCGUCCUCUUUCGAGGGCGACAGCGACGUCAGCAGCGACGGCGGCAAGGCGGCGGCGGCGGUGGAGGAGUCUGAGUUGGAUGGGGAAGAGGAGGACGCUGCCGUGGAGCGCGUUGGCGGCUCUGCCACGCUCGAUCGGCUUUUCGAGCAGCUGGGGCGGGUGUCAGCCGCUGCCGCCGGGGACGUGACGUCGCGGCCGCAGCGGCUGCACGCGCUACUGGGACGGCUACAUCACUACGCGGCGCGUCACGUUGUGGAGGUGACAAAGGCGUUUCGGCUCGUCCUCGUCGAGGCGGAGCGCAGUUUUCUGCGAGGCCCCCGUCGAGGCGGCAUGCGCCAGUCCCUCCUCGUGUACCUCUACGCCAUCUCAAAGAUUUUUCCGGCGUCCGACUACCGCCACGCGGUGAUGACGCCAUUUCUCCUGUUUUUAUGCUCAGCCCUCAUGCAGAUGCGGCUGGACUCGCUCGACGCAGUGCACAGCUACCUGGUCCUCGCCACCCUGCUCCUGCACUGCCUCAAGGCGGGGUGUGGGAGGUUCUGCGCGGAGGUAGUGGUGGCAGCACUCAACGUGCUAGCGCUCCAGCUACCACGUGUGGCACUCGAACCAGCGCGCUACCAGGGCACAGUGCUGCCGAUGCCCCUGCUGGAGCGCACUGAGCAGGCCCUGCUGGUCUCCUCUGCGUCCUUGGCCACGCCGCCAGAGAGCGAUGAUGCCACCGCGCAACGGCCACCAUACCAGGUGGGGUUGUUUGACACUGCCCACUCCCCGGAGCGCCUCCUGCUGUGCGCGUACCGGCUGCUGGAGGAGGUGUGCGACCUGCACCGCAGCACCCCCGCCCUCCCUGUCAUGUGCGUUCGGCCCUUUUUGGCACUGGAUGCGCUGCUGCUGCGGCCGCCGCCGUUGUCGUCAGCGGCGUCGGUGUGGACGCCGUCUACGGCGGUACGCCUCGCCCACGAGGCCCUCGCAGUGAAGAUGAGGGAUGUGGCGAGGCACGUCGAGGCGCAUCGCACGCCGCUUGCCAUGCGCACGUUCCGGCCGCGGCCCCUGCGCCAGUUUGACCCGCUUCUGGCGGAGCGCGAGGGGAAUGCAGUGAAGAACGAAGUCCGCCUGAUGAAGCGCGACAUCCGCGAGGACAAGAAGCGACUGAUACGCCAUCUGACGGCCGAGGCAACCGUGCAGCGGCGGGCGCAGGAGAAGCGGCACGCCGUGGACGAAGCGUUGCGCGAGAAGCGGUACCACAACGUAAUGAGCCAGCUGCAGCAGCAGCAGCACUCAAUGAACAUGGUGGAGUCCCUGAAGGUACGCGCCAAGUCCAAGUCACGCAAGGGCUUAAGUGCUGUGCCCACCACUUCUUCAUCCGCUGACGCGGGCGAGGAAUGA